AUGGCCUUGCACGUCGUGACGCCUGUGAUUGAGAGCCGCGUGCUCAGCCACCUCGCGAAGAAGAAGGUCUUCCUCAAGCUCGACAACUGCCAGCCCUCGGGCAGCUUCAAGCUCCGCGGCGUCGGCCUCGCGUGCCAGCGCGCCGUCGAACGGGGGGCCACGCACUUGAUCGCGAGCUCAGGCGGCAACGCAGGUCUCGCUGUUGCUUGCAGUGCGCAAAAGCUCGGCGUGCCUGCGACGGUCUUUGUGCCCGAGUCAACGCCAGCGUACAUGCGGGCCCGCCUGGAAGUCGAAGGUGUGACCGUCAAGGUCGCGGGCAAGGUGUGGCUUGAAGCGCACGAAGCUGCCACCGCUUUCAUGGCCACCAAGGAGGCAGGUACCGUUGCUUACAUCCCGCCGUUCGACCACCCCGACAUUGUCGACGGGAACUCGAGCGUGAUCGCCGAACUCAAGCAGCAAAUGCCGCAGCCCGAUCUUGUCGUCGUCGCUGUCGGCGGUGGCGGGUAUUUCUCUGGCAUUUGCCAGGGCCUGGAAACGUACGGGUGGAGCGCCACAAAGGUGCUCACCAUGGAGACGCACGGCGCCAACAAGAUGCAGCAAUCUGUGGCAUCGAACUCGCGCGUAACGCUCAGCAGCAUCAACACGCUGGCGCGGUCGCUCGGCGCGUCCGCCGUCUCAGAGACCGCGUUUGCGUACGCGCAAAAGCUUGGCGUCCACGCGAGCAGCGUCAGCGACGACGACGCUGUCGCUGCUUGCCUCCGCUUUGCAAGCGACCACAAGUUCCUCGUCGAGCCUGCGUGCGGCGCCACGUUGGCUCCGCUGUACAACGGCCAGUUGGCGACGAUCCUGGGCGAGGACUUCGACAAGAUCGACUCGAUCUGCCUCAUGAUCUGCGGCGGCUGGAUGAGCGAUGUCCCGACGUCGCUGCAUGCGUCGCUCGCUGCGAUGUUCAAGUAG